UAAAACUUGUUAUUUAAUAACUAUGCAUGCAAAUAGCUUUUCAAUGAUCCAAUACCAGAGACAGAAGAGAAAUUCAGGGAAAUAGUAAAAUCGAUACAAACAGCUAUAGAGAAUAAUAUGCAACCAACAAGAAUUAGUCAGGGUUCAAGUGGAUCUUAUUUCUGCAGAAAUACAUCAGGUAAAAUUAUCGGUGUCUUUAAACCCAAGAAUGAGGAACCUUAUGGUCGUUUAAAUCCAAAAUGGAUGAAAUGGAUUCAUCGUCAUCUUUUCCCUUGUUUCUUUGGUCGUUCUUGUCUUAUUCCCAAUUUAGGUUAUCUUUCAGAGGCUGCUGCAUCUCUUAUUGAUCGCAAAUUGGGAACGAUGAUUGUGCCUUAUACAGACGUUAUUCAUUUAGCGUCUCCUAGUUUUCAUUAUGAUUAUUUAGAUCGGCAUGAUUCUCAUGGAUUACCUCCCAAGAUUGGAAGUUUUCAGUGCUUUUUAAGAGAUUAUAAGGAUGCUAAUGUAUUCCUUAGGGAUCAUCCUUUUCCAGUGCAUGGUAAUUAUGAAGAGGGUCAAGAUAUAGGUAGUAGAGCGACAAGCAGAAGAUCCGUAUGGGGUGGAUGUCUUGGUAGAAAUGAAACUGUUCUUACUGAAGAGGAUGAACAAGAAGAGGAGGAUGAUAGUGAUCAUACCCAUGUUGCAACAACACCUGUUUUAGUAGCAGCAGAAGCAGCAGCAGCAUCUAUUACCAACGAAACUACAUCCAAUCAUUUUCUUGCUAAAUCACCUGCUGUUAUAACACCUCCAUUAAAACAUCAGAACAAAAAACAAAUAAACGAAGAGCAAAAUACAUUUAAAUGGACCCCACAAAUGCAGCGUCAAUUUCGUCGUGAAUUUGAACAAUUGGUUAUUUUGGAUUAUCUUAUCCGAAAUACAGAUCGUGGGUUAGACAAUUGGAUGAUAAAAUAUUGUCCCCCAACAACUAAAAAGACCCAGUAUUCAUCAUCCUCUAAUGGUAGUAGUAGUAGUAGUAGUAGUAGUGAUUGUACCACCGACGAUGAUAUCUCUAAACAACAACAACAACAACAACAACAACAAGGUCACAUUCAUAUUGCUGCCAUUGAUAACGGCCUUGCUUUCCCCUACAAACAUCCCGAUCAAUGGAGAUCUUACCCCUAUGGCUGGAUUGCUAUGCCUGAUGUACUCAUUAGUCAACCCUUUUCAAAUGCGACUCGCAAACAAUUUUUACCUCUCUUAUCUGAUCCUCUUUGGUGGCGUGAGACAGUACGUGAGAUGCGUACUCUUUUUGAAUUAGACACUGAUUUUGACGAAAAAAUGUUUCAACGACAGAUAGCCGUAUUGAAGGGACAAGGGUUUAAUAUUGUACGUGUCUUGAAGGACCCUACGGCAGGACCGAUUGAUUUGGUUGCCAUGCAACGCGUUGUUAUUCGUCAAGAAGAAGUUCUUAUUGAAUAUGAUGAAAAAGUGUUACAGAAUCGAGAUUUAAGAUAUCAACAAGAUGGCUCUUUAACAAGCCAACCUUUAUCACGAACAAAACGAUCUACCUCUCUUGACCUAGGAGCAGAGAUUCAUAAUGAAGCUACAAGCUAUUUUCCUACGCAGCAUAGUUGGCAAGAUAAGAUUAGAAAAUCAUUUGAUUUAAGUCGAAGCUAUAAAAAGAAGAAAAAGAAGAACAAAAAGAAGAAUAAGAAGAAGAAUAGGAACUGUUAUCGUGCAUUUGAUAGUGAUGGCGAAAUACUUGAGUGUAGUUAUUCUGAGGAUAGUGAUUUUGAGGAACGACACAAACUAAAAAGAGUUACUGUUAUUAUGGAAACAGUUGAGGUUGUAAAGAGUAGAACAUAUUUUACAUGCUGUUAGUUUAUUAUUAUUAUUAAUAUUAUUUAUUGUUCAAAUACAAUUGAUUUUUCGAGUUCUUUUUGAUGUUGCCAUUCAAUUAAAAGCUCAUAUUUUUGACGUUUAGCCGCUUCUACAAAUUGAAGCACUUCAAGUAAACGAUCUCUUGCUUUCUUCAUGUUUGGCUAUUAUAUAUACAGAUAUGUUUAUUGAUUGUUGCUGUUAUUUUAUUA